CAAACUACACUAGUGAUGAUUGAUACGAUACAGACUUCACCUGUAAUGAAUUAUACCAUAGAUACAACACCCAUGAUGAAUGAUACGAUACAGACUACACCUGUAAUGAGUGAUACAAUACAGACUAUACCAGUUAUAGUGUCGGGAUCGGUACCAAUAUCACCUUCAUACUUGCUAUCACAUUUAUCAAAAGUGAAAAUUUCAUCUUUGACAACAUUAGAUGAAACAGGAUCAUCAUCAGAAGUAAUGUAUUCUUCAUCGGUAGCGGAACCCGGAUCAACAUCAGAAAUUAUGUUAGCUACAUCUGAAUUAGAAACAGAAUCAAUGUCAGAAAUUAAAAUGGCUACGUCUGUAUCAGGAAUUGUUUCUUCCGAAAUUCCAUUAACUAUCCUAGUAGUAGUAUCUUCCUCAUCAACCGAACCUGGUUCGUCUACAUUAGGAGCAGAAACACCAUUAUAUUCAGAAGUUGAAUCGCAGACCCCUUUUAUCGGAAUUACAUCUUCUGGGUUUGCAUUUAAUUUAUCAACAAAAAGCACUGCGUUAAUCUCCGGGGUUGGUUCGAUUACAUAUGUAGUGGUGUCUUCAUCACAAAAUGUGAUAUCGUCUACACCAGUAACGAACACUGAAAUAACAAAGGUACUUGCGUCUACAUUGAAGAUGGAUAUUACAUCAUUGUUAAAUGUUUCAUCGUCUAUUUUUGUGAUGGAAUCAUCUAUUGCAUCAGUUAAAGAGAUAUCAUCUUCACCAGAUGUUGUAUCAUCUACAACGAAUUCAUAUUCCUCUGUUUCGCCUUCAACUUCCAUGACGCAACCAACUUCAAGUGUUGUAGCUCCAGACAAUCGACUUUCAGUAACACUGAACGUGAAAGAAAGUGUGGAUAUCAAAAGUCAAGAAUUCAAAGACAAGAUCGAGAAAGGUCUUGCGGAGAGUUUUAUUGCAGCCAGUAGUUCACGGCGGAAAAGGUCGAUCAGAGAUAAAAGACAAGCAAACCAAGGCGUGGAUGUGAAGGUAACAGACACCCAAAGAACUAGUGGUUCGGCAGUUGAUGUACAAUUCGAGGUUUACAAAGAUGGCACCGUAGUCCCAGCAACAGAAGCCGAGAAUACAUACAAGACAUUGUCGGAUGUUGAAUUGAGCGCUACAAUUGGAUAUCCUGUAGCACAGCCAAUCGUUGCUUUGUCAUCAGUCAAAACAACUGAUAAUGGUGUAAAUUGGAGUGAUUUUAAUGGACCAUUGAUAAUCAUUCUUAUAGCAGUCCCAUCAGCCUUAGUGAUCAUAGUCACCAUUGGAUUUAUCUACGUACAUUGUUAUGUUCGAUCAUAUAGUGUCGAUGGUAUUACAGACAGACGUCGAUUGGAUUUGGAGAGCGGAGAGAGCCUAAGUGGGUCGACUUCAGUCUCAUCAACCUUCAAACGUCGUUCAGUGUCAUUUAAUGCAGGAUACACUAAUCCUUCAGAAACAGAAAAUGCUUCCUUUAUAGAUGCAUUCGAUAUUCAUGAGACAAAGGUACAACCAAUACCCAGACCUCAGUUAUACCAACCUCCAACAAGACGGCAAAGUUUAUACUCCGAUAGUUAUGAUGUUAAUGCACAAUUACCAUUAACUCAGCAAGAAAGGCAAUCAAGCUUUGGAAACAGGCAGACGAAAAGCUUUGAAUUACCUGACACUUUCGUUAGUCAACCCCAUUAUGAGAGAGAAGACGAAACAUCUAACAGACAAAUUGUUGAUGAAAUUAAGAAUAAUGAACAACGACGUCGAUAUAAAUCGAAUGAAAAAGCUAAAAGGAAAUCUAAACCAUUUGCACGCCGAGAUUCUGAUUUUCCAGUUUCUGGUUUUCAGUAUACCCCGAUUGAGGAUCAACAACUUGAUUCUGAUUUUCCCGCUUCCGGUUUUCAGUAUACCCCGAUUGAGGAUCAACAACUUGACUCUGAUUAUUUCCGUGGUGAUUCGAUAAAUGCAAUAUCACAAGAAACCCAAAACUAUGACUUAGAAAAUGAAAGACGUUUUGAUGGAUAUAUACCAUAUCAUACCCCAAGUUUCAAAAAUGAGACACCACAGACUAAUCAAAAACAAAAUAAUCUAAACAGAGAAGAAGCAUAUCGAGUUAGACCAACAGCACCGCAAUAUGAGCCAUGUCCACCAGACUUCAAUAUACAAGAAUACUUAGGGGAUAAAAAUCAUCCAGGAAAGUUGGUGUUUAGUUCAGACUAUAUUUUUGCAAAUGAAAUUGCUAAUCCGGUGUUCAAUCCACGAGAAACAACACUUCGAUUUAUGGAAGAUGAACAACACUUACCGAUACCAUCAGAUCAUUUCAUCCCCCACGAGAGACUCAAUACUGAUGAUGCAGUCUACUAUACACAAAAUUAUUAUCCAUCUGAUGGACGUGAUUCCAGAAAUAUUAACCAACGUCAACCUUCAGCUAACAAUAGAAUGAGAUUAGAAGGAGUUAUUGAAGAUGUUAGCAGUACAGAAGAUUUCAUUUACAUAACUGACCCAUAUUCCAGUCCAUAUCAUCACAUUGAACAUCAUAAUUCAGCCAUGGAGCCACCAAUAUUGAUGACAGCUGGCCAUGUGGAACAGCUGGCAAAGAUGAGUAGGUUGCCCAAGCCUUCGCCUGACCAACAAACCAGAUUUUUUCCAGCAGUCAAAUUACGAAAUGUUACCUAUCAUCCACCAGAACCAACCAAAGAUACCACAACCAAGCAAAGACCUGAGAUAUCUAGUGAUACUAAUACCGAUAUUGAUACACCGAGAAUGCAGACACGGGCAGACUCUAACAAACAAUUAUUCCAAAAGACUUCUAUCCAUGACAAUGAAGAUGGAGCUAGUGUUGAUAACAAAUCAGAGAUAGAACGUUUACGUAAUAAACUACGACAAAGAGAACGAGAACAUCAAAAGCACCUCGGACAUGAGUACUUCGACCCAACAAAAGAGAACAGAAAAAGGAGAAUAUAUACAAAGAGAGAGAGAGACAGAAUGAGAAGAACAGGAAACCAGUCCUACGAUAGUCAUGAUGAAGUUAUGUCAGAAAUGGAUUUCAGACAAAUGAGAGGGUACCAUUCUGGAAGAAGUGGCUGUUCUACACCAGGUGGCAGUGUGGAUGAAAUGAAGUUAGGACGUAACAUGAGGGCAGCUCCACGUAGGAUUGAUUCUAAAGAUGGAGUGAGAAUGUCACAACGUAAUACUACUAAUAAGCAUGAUGAUACAAGUGCACAGCCUUUAUUAGAAGUAGAUUAUAAUCGUCCACAAGAUGUAGUCACAGAAUACUUCCACAAUACUCAUUUACCACAAAAGCCUAGUGACCUUGAACCAAAGUUAGAGGUCAGACCUCUGUCGGGGUCAUCUAUUGCUCCACAACACCCUACUCAGGACUUGAUAGAGAUUCUUAAUAGGCGCCAGCAGCUUCUUCAACAGCAGCGAGAGGACCGAAGACGAUAUCUCCAAGAUCAGGAAGCCAAGGAAAAGGCGAGAGAAAUCGUCAACUUAGCAUACUUAAAUGCUGACACCACUAGAAAACGAAAAGAAGGAGAGAAACUCUUAGAUGAUGCAUUUUCUUUAGCCAAAAAUUCUCAAAAAUUUAAUGAUGGAUACAAAAUGGAGUCUAGAGAGCAUAGUGAUGCACGAGAUGGAGGCUCAUCGCCAAGAGGAUUUACAUCACAACAAUCGGCAGCUGAUCAGUUGUGGUCUGAUGGACAUAUACAGGAAGAAAAACGUAAUAGUGUCACAUCAGAAAAUAAAAAAGAGGAUGACUUUUUUGACGAGAGUCCAAAACAAGGACCUAGCAUGGGAAGUGAAGAUCACAUGGUCAAAUAUGUCAGGGAUGAACUUCAACGAUUAGAAACAUAAGGCAACAAUAUUGUUCAACACUAUUUAGAUCAUAUAUUGAUAUUUAAAUCCUUUGAAAAAUAGAUAAUAGCAAGAAGCUAAAACGAUCAAAACAAUGGAACAAUUUUGUUUUUAAGUUAGAUAUACAAGGUUUAAAAUUGAUUUGUGAAUAAAUUAACAACUGAAAUAAAGUUAGAUUCAUGGUGAAGUUAUAUAUGUUGAACAAUUUGGCUUGGGUAUACUCAUUUAGUUCAGAACAAUUUAGUUUUAAGUAUGGCACAUGAUACACUUAGUGAUGUUUGACAUUAUAUUUUACUAAUAUAUCCAAUGCAUUUAUUUCAUUGAUACAUAAAUAAGUUGAACUCGGUUUAGAAAACCAAACUGAUUUAAACAGUUGGUACGACUACAGAAUUGUAAAAGGAAAAGGGGGUGCAUAACGUUAGGUUAUAGGUCAUAAAUAUAUGAGGUUCUGGGAGGGGUUAACCCAACAGAGAAUAAUAAUUGGCUAAAAAAUAAAGAAUAGAGAUUAAUUGGAUGCUGAAUAUAAUGACAUUAAAUGUACCAAAAAAUGGAGAACAAAGAAUAAUGGCCAACAAUAAUACAGAAUAGAGAAAAACAGUUUUACAAAUAAAUGAAAACAGACAUGAAGACACCACCCAUCCAGACCCUCAUUUAUGUCAUGAACUUGUUGAUUUAUAAGGUGAUAAUCAAAUAUAUAAUUUUCAAUCAUAAAAUUGUAGUUUCUAGCUUCAGUCCCAUACAGUUUGCUGUGUACUAAAUCAUAACAUUACUCUACGCUCAUAACACAUCUUUCAGAAAGUUUUGCUCAUGUUUAAUUGUGUAGUUGAUUGUGUGACUUGGUGCAAUUACAUUUCAUUAUAUGCUAUUCUUUGUUUUCAUGCAAACAUAUGAAAAUUGGUGAAUAUUCCAAAUCAUGAUUCUUGAUACAUAAAAAUGUUCUCAUAUCUCAUAAACUUGAUGGUUUUUGUGGCAUCAUUGUGUUACUUAUAAACAUGAGUUUCUAAUACUGUGAAUACUAUAUUAUUUGUUGGGUACAAAUUAACAUGGAUGUUGUAAGCAUUGCAUACAGUGAACCAUGAAUUCAAGUAUUUAACAAGGACGCAUGGUUUAUAAGCUUGUAUGCAAGCUUUGGUAAAACCAUGAAGUCAAAUAUCUGCUGAAAUACAAACUUUCCAAAAUCUACAAAAUUGGUACCCAUUAAAAUAAUUGAAUCCACAUUAUCGUAUUGAUACAGUGAUAUUUUCCAUAUUUCCAAAAAUUAUAAUACUGGUUUUGGGUUUCAUAACGAUGUUAUUAAAAUAUCGAUUUUCCAUUAUUAUGAUUUAUACAAUUUUUUUCUAAUUUUACUGAAUUUAUAAAAUUGCACUCUUAUUGAUAUUGGUCUUAUGGUUUCUAAAACAAAGGUACUGGCUUCUGUUGUUGUAAACGACUGUUUGUAGUUUAUCUGUUGGACGUAGAUUUAUUUAGCUAGGUUUGAAAACUGUAGACGUAUGAUGCUUGCUUAAUAUUUUUUCGCAUAAUGUGUAUUGCUAUCUGUGCUAUGUUUUAAUAUAUAUAAAUCAUUGUAAUUAUUAAUUUAUUUUUAUAAUUUUCUAUGUGUUUAUUGUUACAAAGUAUCUGUGAUAAUGAUUAGCAAUUUUAAUAGUUUUUCGGUUAGGUUCACUUAUAAAUACUUUGUUUAUUUGUAUAUCUGUCUCAGUGGGUUUUGUAAUCAAUGUAACUAGUAAAAAUUGUGAUAUAAAGUUUAAAGAUGUCAUUUCACCUCCAUUAAGAGCAAACUAGUGAAAUGUAAAAUAAAAUUUUAUCUAUACAGAUAAGUACAGUUUUCUGCUCAUUGGUCAGGUUGUUGUUGCUUUGACACAUUCCCUAUUUCAAUUUUCACUUUUAUUUUAAAACUAUUGGUCAUUGAUAUUUUUUUAAAGUUAAAUUUCACAAAAUUAAUCUCAAUGAAUAAUAAAAGAAUUAAUCUAAUUCUGUCUGAAAAGAUAAUAAUUAAAUAAAAAUAUCAUGCAAGAUACAAGCUAGCUAGAGUCUCUUGCAGUUAACUUAUAACAUGAAUAUACGAAGGAGGCACUCCACUGAUUAUGGAUCAAAUCUAAUGUAAUAUAAUUUAUGUGAAUUUUCAAACCUCUCAAAUACACCCAUACUUUUCCGAGUAUUAUGUUGAUGCUCUC